AUGAAGAAAAAAAAAUCAUUCUUUUGCAUAUUACCACCAGAGAUCUGGGUUAUUUUUUUUUUUUCAUCUAUUUUUUUCGGUUUCCUAGAAUUGCAUUCUUUCUCUUUUCCAAUCGUCCGUUUUUCUUUCUUCUUUUUCUUAUUCUUUCUUCUUUUUCUUUCUUUCUUCUUUCUUCUUUUCUCUUUCUUUAUUCUUUUCCUUUUUUCUUUCUUUUACUUUCUUCUUUCUCGUUUUCAUUUUCUUUCUUCUUUUUCUUUCUUCUUUUCUUUAUUCUUUUUCUUUCUUUCUUUCUUUCUUCCUUCUUUUUCUUUCUUCUUUUUCUUUCUUUCUUCUUUCUUUCUUCUUUUUCUCUUUCUUUAUUCUUUUUUCUUUCUUCUUUUUUCUUUCUUCUUUUUCUUUCUUCCUUUUCUUUCUUUUUCUUCUUUUUCUUUCUUUUUCUUUCUUCUUUUUCUUUCUUUCUUCUUUCUCUCUCUUUUUUAUUCUUUUUCUUUUUUCUUCCUUCUUUUACUUUCUUCUUUUUCUUUUUCAUUUUCUUUCUUUCUUUUUUCUUUCAUCUUUUCUUUAUUCUUCUUUUUCUUUCUUCUUUUUGCUCGACCUUCUUUUUAUUUUUAUUUUUCUCUUCAUUCAAAUCUCAUUCUCCUUCUUUUGAGAUGUAUUUAUAUUCCGUCUUUUCUUUUUCUUUUUUUCUGGCGCCCGCAUCUUUUCUUGUUUCACCUCCUCCAUUUCUGUCUCUCUUUUUUCCUCCUUUUUCUUUCUUCUCUUUCUCCUUUUUUUCUUUCUUUGUUUUUUUUUUCUUUCUCUAAUCGUGGGCCUUUCCCCCUUCACCCCUGCACAAUCUGGAGACCUCCACCCAACGUCCAGACCCCACAACCUUUACGUUUUUUUUUUAAAUUUUCUUUCUUUACUUAA